AUGAAUGGACAUGGCACUCAAGUUCGGACUGGGCGCACGUCUCCCCCGGCUGCUCCCUUUGGAUACUCGUUUCUCUCCCCCAUGGACACACCCUUUGAACAGGCACCUGCUCUACCCCCGGGACCUUCUCUUCUUGACGAUAACGAAUCCAAUAUGCUUGAUAACUUCUUUACUACCAUGAACGCAAACCACUUUACGAAUGAUUUCUGGAUGCGACAAGAACAUAAAUCCGGGACACCCAACUUUGACUGGUCAGGUGAGCUGCCGCCCAACUUCGAAGGAUCAACCACAUCCCUAUCGCAGCCCUCAUUUCAGCAGCAUGGGCUAGGGAAAGCAGCCGGGGGAAUCAUAACAGACAAUCCUACAAGCUCGGAUAUAUUCGCCGCAGCUUCCAUGCUCUACCACAGUGGUCUGAACGGAUCGGAGUUAGGAUCCACGUUAGCACAACAGGCUUUCGCGGGACAGUCUCUCCCCACCCAUGGGAUACAACGAAAAAUUAAUUCACAUACUGGCAGUGUCGCACAGGGUUCAGCUUCAUCUCCACCCCGGGCUGGUGUCCCGGUUGGAUAUCAUACCUCGGAGAUGUUUUUUGACGUCCGUGACCCCAUUCCUGCGGACCAACAUCCAUCAAGAAAGGCCCGCAGUUUGCGAUGGGGCUCAGAUGCCAGUUUUAUGGACCAGGGCUAUCUUCGCCCCCCUGAUCAGCCUGACGAGGAACAGCGGACAAGUGACCUGCUCGAUCAUCUCGGGUGCUUUGAACCACAAAGCAGUGCAGCAAACACACGAGCACCUAGUCCAGAGCGCAUGGUUGGGGCUCCUCCUCAAGGUGCCGUUUUCCGAAGUGGAGCUGUCCUGGACGAGAGCUUACAUCCCCGAAAACGGCCAAGAACCGCCCUGAAAUAUGAGGGUGACGAAGACUCCGAUGAGGAUGAUGCACGACCUCACUCAAGAAAGUCUAGAGGAUCUAUCAGCCAAGGCCGACGAGCAUCAACGGACAUGUCUCGAAAAGCCCGAGUACAGCCAGGGUCCAAAACUGCGCGAGAGAAUCUCACUGAAGAGCAAAAACGGACCAACCAUAUCCUUUCGGAGCAGAAACGUCGAAAUCUUAUUCGCCAAGGCUUCGAAGACUUGUGUACACUGGUCCCUGCGCUUAGAGGUGGCGGAUUCAGCAAAAGCGCAAUGCUCACUGGAGCUGCUGACUGGCUUGAAGACCUUCUCCGGGGGAAUGACAUACUUCAAAGCCAACUGCGCGAAUUGAAGGGCAUGAAUGGCUUAGUGAUGCCGCGUUGA